CUGCGACGUUCUACUCGGAAGGAUAACUUCGAUGCACAUUCUAAAACAACAUCGCCCAUAGCAAGACAAACCACUGUUCUCGCAUUUGAAUUAUGGUUUGUUUAUAUUCGUCUUUAACUUUAGUAGUCGUCUAAAAUGCUAUAAUGAUUAAUAUGUGUUAUUUUGAAAAAUCUAGUUUUUUUUUUUUUUUUUUUCAAAGUCGAACUGAAUGUUGACUGACUAGCUUAGAGACUAACUAGCCGUCCUGUAGCUUGAGCCGGGAAUGGACCUCGCUAACUGAGUCUCAUUCAUUGCAAGCCACAUCCUCGUUCUGGCUCAGGUUGACGCAUAUUGCAGAGUUUGUAAAGGGGGUCUGGACUGGGAUUGAGCCAUGCCUACUGUUGUGUUGAUGGACGUGUCUCUGUCCAUGACCCGGCCCGUGUCGCUCGAUGGCAGCGAGGAGUUUCAGAGAAAGAACCUGGCCGUCCACGGACUUAACAUGCUGUUUGAACACAUGGCCUCGAACUACCGACUUGAAUUCACAGCAUUGAUGGCCUUUUCGUCUCUCUGGGAGCUGUUGGUGCCUUUCACGAGGGAUUACAAUGCUCUGCAGGAGGCACUUAGCAGCCUUGAAGACUAUGAUAAAACGUGUAUCGAAGCAGCUCUCAAUGGAGUCAAUAAUGUUGUUCAGCAGGAGUGGGGCAGUGGGUGUCCCUGUCAGGUGGUGCUUGUUACUGAUGGAUCACUUGGGAUUGGAAAGGGCUCUCUGCGCCACUCUCUCCAAACCUUAAAGCAUCGUGGAGAAGACAAGAAGUUCCCACUUCCUUUCCCUUUCCCUACAAAACUCUACAUCCUGUGCAUAGCAAAUUCAGAAGAGUUACAGAUGACAGAUGCCAUGGAUAAUUUGGAGCAUCUCCUUUGCCUCAGUGGAGGAGAUGGUCAGAUCUUCACCAUGGAAGGUCCACUUUGCAUGAAGAGCGUACAAACUAUGUUUGGGAGGUUGAUUGAUCACGCAUACUCCCCUUUCCACGCGGUUCUGCACUGUGGGAACCUGUCCUCAGAUGUUCAGGUGUUCCCUCGUCCUGAGCCGAUGGUGGUGGAUGAAGAAGUGGAGCCCAUGCCCCGGGCGGUCAGCACAGAUCUGGAGAUUGUGGGUUUCAUUGAAAUCGCUGACAUUUCCAGCCCUCCUGUUAUAUCAAGGCACCUUGUGCUUCCUAUUGCUGUAAAUAAAGAUGUGGAUGAAGUCGGUGCAGCAGCCACAGACGAGCUUGAGGAUGAGCCUUCAGCAACCCAAAUGGCCGGCAAAAGCCCCAACUUCUGUGUUCUUUUACAUGGAAGUUUGAAAGUUGAGGGAAUGGUAGCACUGGUCCAGUUAGGACCAGAGUGGUAUGGGAUGCUGUACUCUCAAGCUGACAGCAAGAAGAAGUCCAACCUGAUGAUGUCCCUGUUUGAGCCCGGAUCAGAACCACUGCCAUGGCUUGGCAAAAUUUCCUAUUUGGGGCCAGUCUCAGAGGCUGCAGAGAAUCCGUAUGGAGAGGACGACAGUAAAAGCCCCUUUCCAGUGCAACCGCCAGCCAAACGAAGCUAUGCUCAGAAUGUCACUGUGUGGAUCAAGGCCAGUGGACUACAGGCGGAUGUCCAGAAGAUUCUGAGAAAUGCCAGGAAGCUACCAGAUAAAACUCAAACCUUCUACAAAGAACUGAACCGAAUGCGAAAAGCUGCUUUGGCCUUCGGGUUCCUGGAGCUCUUGAAGGGCGUGGCGGACCUGCUGGAGAGGGAGUGCACCCUGCUGCCAGACUCGGCUCAUCCAGAUGCUGCUUUCCAGCUCUCCCAUGCCGCACAGCAGCUCAAACUGGCCAGCACCGGCGACUCCCAGUAUGCCGACUUUGAUCACAACAUUGCUCCCAUGCAUACAGACUUCUCCAGCUGAGAGAACUUUUCACUUCUACGAACGAGACAUGAACACUGAAGCUCCAGCUAAAAGUGGACGAGGUGGGACGCUGCUGAGGGGAUCCAAAUGGUUACAUGUGGAAACUGGUCCAGAAGCCAGAAGAUGCAAGACCAGAAGGUUUUUUUUUUUCUCCCAUGUUUAUUCAAGAAAUGUUUGACACACCAUUCAAAUGUAAUCCUCAUUCAUAUUCACAGAAAACAGGUUUGCCUUGAAAAUUCAAGUGACUUUGAGAAUAAAGUGAGAAAUGAUUUUUAUAUUAACGAAAACUCAAUAAAAUGAGGGAAACAA